CUCCUCCUCCUACUCAUCCUCCGUCUCCGUCUCCUUUGCCGAACACAGCACAGCGCAGUAGUGGUAGAGCUGGGGGAAUGCUGCUGCUGGAACGACCGUGCAGCGAGUCAGCAUUCCUGGCAAGCCAUGGCAGAAGUGCAGCAGCGACAACGACAGGCAGAGCUCGAGCGUCUGUACCGCGCCCGCAAGAACAACGCCGCCAGCAGCAGCAACAGCAGCAACACUGCCCUCGCUGCGCUGUCCUCACCGUCCCGCCACUCGCCGCAAUUGAGUAUCUCCGAUGACACCCACCACGUAACCGAGACCAUCCAUUCGUGGUACGAGGAAACGCCGUCCACAGCUGCUGCAGCCAGCAUGAACGAGCGGCACGCGGUGCGGCCGCUGAGCUAUAUCAACAGUCCAAGUGAGCGUGAAAGCUUCGAGGCACGUCGGCAGCGCAGGCAUGGCGCACUCAUCAACAGUGCUAGCAAUGCCUCUGUGAUCUCGGACGACUCGCUGGCAACGACACCACUGGCUCGCGCGCAGAGCAACCAGAGUCUUACUAGUAGCAAUCUGUCGGAGCAUCAUGGCAACGACGACAGUCAUGGACAAAACUCGCCCACAUCGCUACAGCGAAUAGGCUCACGUGGUGCUGAGAGUUCUCCAACAUCUCCUCCCCUUCUCAGCAGGCAGUCCAGCACCGACACCGCUGUGCAGCAGUUCCCGCUCAACGACAUUGACUACGAAUCGAGUCCAGCGGCAGUAGCACAGGAGCUCAGCAACCUUCAGGCGAUUAGGCGCAUGUCCAUGAAUGUCGACACUGCGGACCCGGAUCUGCCCUCCUUUGGGGGUGUCAGCAGUAUUUCCAGCGUCGCGCCGCCCAGCGACGGUGAUGAGGACGACCCGUCGAAACUGUUCUGGGUGCCUGCUCGGCUGCACCCGGAAUUGGCUCCUAAGGAAUUCAGGACCUUCAUUGAAGAUCGGGUGGAUCGAAUACGUCGGAGAUCUGGUGAUGAGAAUAGCCUGGCGCCAGAUAAUCUAUCGCGUUCGGGCUCUGCUGCUAGCAGCCUGCGUCGAAAGAAGAGUAUGCUCUCUCAUUCGAUUGACACGAGGGGAAAUUAUCAGGAUGGUGCAGAACGCUUGGAGAGAAAACGAUCAAAAGGCAUGCAAGUGGAAGGACAGACCACCGUAGCUAAUCUACAAGAUCUGGAGGAACUGGUCAAUGAUCCGACUCACCUGAUGCGUCGCAUGAGCCUAGAGACUCAGAGACGGUCAUUGGACUCCGGUGCAGAAGUGCCCCCAAAUGAAGAUAUGCCUAUUCUUCCGCCAGCUAUGGGGACGCUCAAGCGAUCGACCAGGACGACGUAUCGAAGAGGUAGUCUCAAGAAGGGCGAAAGAGUGCCUUUCUCGAAGCGUGCGGCGCAUCGGCAUCCUGAUCAGGAGGGAGAUGGUCAUGGAUCACAGUCCUCGACGACAGUGCACACUGAAGACCGAGAGCCCACACCUGGACUUUCUCGAGUCAGGACAGAGCCUAUACCACCUCCCAAAGAUUCCCAGAUUGGUCAGUCGAGACCGAGACAUGAUCGCACAAAUCAGUAUGGCCAAUCGCAGUCUUCUGAAAGCCUUUCCAACGAAGAAGCUAGCAGGAGUAGCAUCUCAUCAAGGAACGAGCCCGAACGCUAUGAGUAUGAGGAACAUACGGUACCGCAGCCGCCCGCAUCGCAACCGCCAAAGCAGUUUCAGUCUCGUAUAGCGUCUCAAGGACGAACUACUGCCCAGUUACCAGGCUACGACAACAAGAAUCCACUACCACAAAUUGUAGAAACUCUAGCCGACGGCUCCAAGGUUCCCGCCAGCAAUGUGGUCCAGUCUAUCCCAGAGCGAAAAUCAUCACACGAAGUUCCUCGCCAAUUUCAACGAGGGGGAGCACAUAUGCGCCCAGCAUCUGGACGUUCAAAUGCUUCGUCGACGAAACUCGACGAUCUUUCAUCAAAUCCAUCGCCCCUUCCGGGCAGUGGCAGCAUGGGCACCGCCACGCUCACGAUGAUCCCCACGUUCGACGAGAAAAAAGCCGAGAAAAAGGAUGGCUCCCGGAAGAGUAGCUGGAAGUGGAUACUAGGCAGCGAUGAUAAGACCAAGGACGAUGGCAGUGGUGGUGCUGAGUCUACCAAGUCGUCCAAGUCCAACAAGCUUUCCAAAGCCUCUGCAGACAAGGCCAGGUUGGAUGUGCUUCAAAACUCCAUUGAUGGAACUGUGCCUGCACGAGGCAGAGAGAGCAUUGUGCUCAGUCGAGAAGACAUUAAGCUGGAUGAUGAACGGAAGAAAGAUGGCAAAAAGGGAGAGUCCAGCAAAAGUCACAGGGAGAAAGACUCGGGCUUGCUGUCCGCCAUCUUCGGCAACAAGAAGAAGACCUCUGACGGAGAUGUGAAGGAGAAGAAAAAGAAAGGAGAUCGGCAUCACUCCCCGGAGCCUCCGUCGAGGGUUUUGAAGCCUGAUAUUGAUUACAACUGGACACGGUUCAGUAUUCUUGAGGAACGGGCCAUCUACAGAAUGGCACACAUCAAGCUCGCGAAUCCAAGAAGAGCUCUGUACAGCCAGGUGCUGUUGUCCAAUUUCAUGUACUCCUACCUUGCCAAGGUGCAAAUGAUGCAUCCUCAGAUGCAAAUUCCGGCUCAAAGAACGGCUCAGCAGAGAGAGCAACAGCAGCAGCAGCAGAAGCAGCCACAAUCGCAAUCACAAUCACCGCCAUCAUCAUCAUCGUCAUCAUCAUCACAACAGCAACAGCAACAGCAAUAUCCACAACAGCAGCAACAGCAGCAGCAUCCUCCCGAGUACAAUCAGUAUCAGAGGUGGCAAGAAGAACAAGCACGACAAGACGCCAAGCACACACAUUCUGAGGCGCGUACCGACUUUGAUGUGGUACACGACGGGCAGCGAGAACAGGGCAAUGGCCGAAGAACUUCUGCUGAUGAAUGGGAACAGCUCUUUGCACGGGUACAAAGUGGCGAGCACCAAUGAUUACCUAGGCUACCCAAAGUCCAACCAAGCAUAUGACACCCAAGCGGGUUUGUGGAACGACGACGACGACGACGUUGACGACGACGAACGAGACCAGGAAAUGUGGUGAUCUGGUCAUCGCCAUGUGUCAACACUACGAGUACCGUUGGCAUGGACUAUACAUAAAUAGGUAGUCUUGCGAUGUGCAUAGACAGCCUGCGAAACGAACAGCGCGCAUGUGCGCUUUGACCAAAUCUCACUUUUCAGCUCAUUCAAUCUUGGGACUCUUUGCACUCGGUGCCUCCUCUCGCUAAUGCUGUAUGCACGGUCCCCACGGUCACUCAUAAAUACCUGAAGUGGGUUCCCAUGCGAAUAGUCUCUCUCGUAGAAGGCCCAUUAGAAUGUGUGAUAGUAGAGAGAAUUUCACUCUCCUUGCGCGCCACCGGCUCGGUGGCGUUUGCAGGCAUAU